AUGGCCCUAAGGAGUGAGCCUGGUGGGUGUGGGGUCACGGCCUGUGACGGGCUUCCAAGGCGGACCAGCGGGCCCACCUUCUGCCGCACCUGCCCCCGGGACAGCUCAUCAGACGGAGGUGCUCAGAGCCUCCGGGCGGCGGCCUGGCGCUCCGACCUUGGCCCCGAGGAGCUGGCCGGCGCUCUGGGGCGGCACCUGGCUGGGGGUUGCGGCGCGGACCCGCGGGCGCUGCUGUCCCCAGCCCCAGUGCUGAGGCGGGCAGAGUGCAGUGGGCUCUGGCGGAGGUCGGGAGAACUGCAGGGCGAAGGCCGCCGGGGGCUCCGCGGGCGGCGGGGGGAGGCACUUGACACCGGCCGGGAGAGGAGGGGCCGCUGUCCCUGCGACCAGUGCUGGAUGCGGGGACCCAGCGCAGGAGCAGCGCCAGGUAGCCGGGCGCCCCGCGGGGGGAGGCUGCAGCAGGACAGGGGUGGCUCUCACCCGAGGCACCCGGAGCGCGGCCUGCCCCUGGCCUGGCACACGGCGGGGCGCCGCGGGGUUCGGGCCUCCGUCUGGCAGCGCGCGGGGACCCCCGGCGGGCCGCAGAGGCCGCGAAGUCGGACGAGGGCGCUAGGACCGGCCGCGCGCCAGGCCGCUCCCGCCGCGGCGCCCCGGGGCUCCAGCCGGCGCUGCCUCUCGGGCCGGCUCCGCAUAGCCGGGGCCGGGGCCAGCGCGGCCGCGGGGGGCGAGCGCCGGGCGGAGGCCUGGGCCCGCGGGCGGCCGGAGGGAGGGAAGGAGGAAGGCGGAGAGAAGGGUGGGAGGGGGGGACCCGGCGGAGGAGGCGGAGAGAGGGAGCGCGACAGCGAGCGGAGGGAGGGAGCGAGCGAGCGAGGCAGGCAGGCGGGCCGGGAGGGAGGAGGCGCGCGGGCGGCGGCGGCGAGAGCAGAGGACGAGCCGGGACGCGGCGCCGCGGCACCAGGGCGCGCAGCCGGGCCGGCGCGACCCGAGCGGCCACACGGUAAUGAGCGCCGCUGCGGCGGCCGGGAGGCCGGCCCGGGCGGGCGGGGAGCAGGGAGGCGGCUCUGGGCGCCGUGGCGGGCAGUGCCCGGCUCGGCUCGGGGCGCGCUCCCGGACCCCCUGCAACUCGGCGCCCGGCGCCCGCGGGGCCGCGGCUGCGGGCGGAGACGGCAGGCCGAGCUGGCCGGGCGGCGCGCGGAUCCGAGGGUUUGUUUAUGUCCCCGCGGGCUCGGCAGGCGCCCCCUCCCGUCCCGCCCGCUCCCGGCGAGGACCCCUCUCCCCGCCCCCGCCCGGCCCCGGGCUCAAGUUCAAGUCUAUACAAUGCUGCGGGGGCCCCUCCGCCGCCCGCCGUGCUCGGCUCAGCGUUGGCGCAGGGGCCCGGCCCGGCCGCCCUCGCCUUCCGGGCUCUGCUCCCGCCUCGGGGCCCUGUCUGGGGCCCGCGGCCGGGGCGCGGGAGGGCGCAGACCCCAACCCGGAAUCUUCGGGCCCCGCCGUGGGCCUGAGGAGCGGGGAGGGGGCGGGGGCCGGGCCCCGGGCCCCGCGCAGGCUCCGCGGCGGCGGCAGAAAAUGGCAGCCUGGCACGACCCGGCCCCCCGCCCCUCCCCCGGCUCCCAGCCCUCCUCGGCCCCGCGGGGCGGGGUACCCGGGAGGCCCCCGGAGGCGGGCCGAGGGGUGAUCCGGGGGCCCGGCCGGGGAGCGCUGCGCAGCGAUCCUCCUCCGGCCACCUGUGGCUGGGGGUGCGGGGCGCCAGCCGAUCUGGGAGGGGCGGCGCGUGAGGAAGGCGCCCACUCGUGGGGCACGUCUUCCCGCGGAGGGCCGGGCAGAGGGUGGGGGGGGUGUCGUGGCCGGCUCCUCCCUGCCCCCGCGGCGGCCGUGGGAGCCCGGGCGGUGGUGGCGGUGGCGGCGCCGCAGUGUGGGGGCGGGGCGGGGGCGGGCGAAGAUCCCGGGCCGUGGGGCCGGAAAACGCGGGGGUGGGAGCAGCGGGCUGGGAACGGCGCGGGUGGGGACGCCGGGGUCGUCCCCUGCAGCAGCCCCCCCCCCGCGCACACUCACGCACGCGGACACACUCACGCACACGCACCCCGCCGGGCCGGUGCAGACGUGUCCUUGAAAGCUUCGCAUCUGCACAGUGAAGGACGAGGCCUCGCUGAGGCUACGGAUGGGGUCUACGGCCCCACGUCCCCGCGCCCCAGGAGACCCCGAGCUUCGGAGCCGAAGGCGGCCGCAGUCCGUGUCCCGCCCUCACCCCGGAUCCCCACCCCGGACCGACCUGGCCUCCCUCCCCUCCGGCGCGGACUGAGCUGGCUGGCGUCCAGGGCCCGCCCCCAGCCCCUCUUCGCUGGGGCCCGCAGGCCUCGGGCUGCCGAACUGCGUUUCGCUUUCCUGGAGCCUGCCUUCUUGGGGGCACCCUCUCCCUUUUCUCCGCCCCUCUGCUGUUUCCCCCUUUUCUCCAUCCACUCCGUCCUUGCCCACUCUCUGCUGCAGGGCGAGUGGUGUUGGCACCCUGGGUGGGAAUGGGGAGCGCCUGGUUCUCAGGGCCUCCCUCCUCGGGCUCCCAAGGGGAGCCCCCUGUGGCUGCACCUUGACCCAAGAUGGCGUUCUGCACCCAGCUGGGCCGCUCAGGCCUGCGUCAGCCAGGGGAGGAAGGGCUGGAGCCUGGAGCUGCACAAAGUGCCCCCUCUCAAACGGCAGCCACAGGAGCCGGCAGCGAAGCGCCCUCUGCCCUGUGACCCCGCGCGCCCCUUGCUGCCUGCCUAG